AUGGGCGGCCCCGUCGCCGCCCCUGGAGGCCCCGUCGCCGCCCAUCGCGGCCACCUCGCUGCCCUUAGCGGCCCCGUCGCCGCCCCUAGCGGCCCCAUCGCCGCCUCUACCGGCCGCGUCGCCGCCUCUACCGGACCCGUCGCCGCCUCUACCGGCCCCGUCGCCGCCUCUACCGGCCCCGUUGCUGCCUCUACCGGCCCCUUCACCGCUGAGCUGCCCAGCAGCUGA